CUGUCAAAGUUCGUUAAACGUCAGUUUUAGUUGUCUGUUCCUUUUCCUGUUAAAAAUUCUCUUGAGAGUAACAAAAUGGGUCGUUAUUCUCGGGAGCCUGAUAAUCCAGCCAAGUCAUGCAAGGCUCGUGGCUCAAACCUACGUGUUCACUUCAAGAACACAUACGAGACUGCUAUGGCGAUUAAGAAAUUAUCUCUGCGCCGUGCCGUUCGCUACCUUAAAAAUGUAGUUGACAAGAAAGAAUGCAUACCAUUCCGUCGUUUCAACGGUGGUGUUGGCAGAUGUGCACAGGCCAAGCAAUUUGGAACCACACAAGGUCGUUGGCCCAAAAAGUCCGCAGAAUUCCUGCUGCAACUCUUGAGGAACGCUGAAUCUAACGCGGAUUACAAAGGCUUGGAUGUUGACAGGCUCGUUAUUGACCACAUUCAGGUGAACCGCGCUCCCUGCCUCCGCAGACGUACAUACCGUGCGCACGGUCGUAUCAACCCUUACAUGUCAUCUCCCUGCCACAUCGAGGUCUGUCUCAGUGAAAGGGAAGACACUGUAGCCCGAGCGGCACCAGCUGACGAUGCACCAGCUAAGAAGAAACUUUCCAAAAAGAAGCUCGCGCGCCAGAAGGAGAAGAUGAUGAGGGAAUAGACAUUUAAGGGUUAAUAAAUGACUUACCACAA